AUGACUUUCGUAAAGUGGAAAACCUCUCGAAGACGACGCAUAUUCCUCUCGUAUCUCAAGGACUGGCUACUUGUCUUUAUCAUGAUCAUUCUCUUCUUCUCUCUUGAUAAGAUUCACCCAUACCACAGAGAAUUCUCAGUAAAAGAUCCGCGAUUAAUGUUCUCUAGUAAACCAGAGACUGUACCUGUCUGGCUAUUGAUUGUUGUUGCUAUCGUUGCACCAAUGGUUUUUAUUGCACUUGUUUCACUGGUCAUAAAACGCAGUGGAAAUGAUUUCCACAAUGGCUUCUUGGGUCUUUGCUUGUCAUUGUCAAUGACAAUUAUGGUUACCGAAAUUACUGUAGGAAGACCAAGACCAGACUUCUUUGCCAGAUGCCAUUUACCUGUAGAUGCAGUCGACCCACCCUUUGGACUUUCAAACUACACAAUAUGUCUAGAGCCUUCAGAUACCCCAGAUAUGAUCGAUGCCUUUAAAAGUUUUCCAAGUGGACAUGCUUCUUUUUCCUUUGCUGGUCUGGGGUUCUUGGCAUUCUACUUGGCGGGAAAAAUGCAUCUAUUCGAUGAGCUCGGGCACACCUACAAAGGGUUUAUCUUUGCAUUCCCUUGGCUUGGUGCACUAUUGAUAGCUAUUUCGCGCACAAGAGAUUACAAGCACCACUGGACGGAUGUUUUUGUUGGAGGCAUUCUUGGUGGCGCUCUGUCCUACUUUGCUUACCGGCAAUACUUCCCUUCGCUUACACACCCUUGUUGUGAUAAGCCAUACGGUGCUCGUAUUCGUUCCAAUGAUUUCCGAAAUACAUUUCCGGAGGCCGAUGAAGCGUGUAGACCAAUAGACUUUGAUUCUGAUCCUGAUACUGUUAGUCGAUAUGCUUCUACGACAAGAAGACCUGACCGUCCCCGUCCACUUUCGUCUCCUGUAUCACAUCCUCCGGCUAUUUUCCCAGCAUCCAAUACACACACAUACCGAUUGAGUGGGUCAAAUUCCACCUCUAUCACCUACCCACCAAAAGCGAAUAGCAUGAUUUGAGAAUGCUCCCACAAUUAUUCAUUGAAUAUAUAGAUAUUCACUUCCUUUUGCUUUCUUGGCAUAUGUACAUAAUCUGUAUCUACGUCCAAAAUUUUAUUUUAGAUAAUCAGAAAAAAAUAAUAUUAUUUAUACAAACACAAAUACACAAAUAUAUACAAAAAACAUACCCUACGUUACACAUUU